AUCGCACACCAUAGAUUUCGAUUCCACAUGUAACAGGUUGCCCACAACACACACGUCUCUCGAUUGGGUCCUGCUACUUGACGGGAUGGCCAUAACACACACCAGAAUAGUGCUCAGAACACAACUUGUGUGUUUGUGACACUUACAGCUAACGUUACAAUAUGUCUGGACUAACAACGUUAGGGUAGAGCGACGCCCCUGUUAUCGGACACCAUCAAUUAUCAGACAGCGGUGCAAGAAGUAAAUGUAAAUGAAGUAAGACUGAGCUUUGUUAAAGCCCACAGUAACAAGGAUUAGUAAAGACUGUGAUUCCAGACGCGGGACGUCCAAAGGCUUGAAACGGCAGGCGCUGAUCCAGGAUUUUUUAGAAAGGGGUGGCUAGCUAGUGGUCGUAAGUGAGACAUAUGGGAGUGUGACAAAAUUGUACUAGAUAGCUACUAGCGAAUUGAGUGAAGACAGUUUAACUCAAGUCCACCAGCGACUGUAGCCCAUAUCCGGGAUAUUGCCAAGGGCGGCUGAUGGUGACGUUAGCAUCUGAUCAUGACGUCUGACUCAAAGAAAUUCAAGCAGCCAACACUGUUUGAGUUAGCGUUCGAUGGAGGCUACGGAGCACAAGAAUCAGGGAUGCGGAAUGAACAAAGCAACUGUCGCAAGAAUAUGUACAACCUGCGAUGACGACCCUCAGCAAAAGUCAACUACAGGAGCCGGAGGGUUUGCAAAGCAGUCUCCUUCAGAUUGCAAUUAGACAUACAAGAGAGCUAACUGCCAAUGGCAAGUACCGUUUGCUAACUACCGUGCAAGACGACAUCCGGGAUGAUGAGUUGGCCACAGGUCAUUUCCUGCUGGAGAUUCUGAGGGUAAAAAGCGGAAGGUCAAGCAGAUUACAUUUCAAAGAAGGUGGCUUCGAGAGGAUAACUGGCUUUGCUAUGGUAAAUCAAGGGAUGACAAGGGAGGUUGGUGUCUACCGUGCAUUUUAUUUCUGACUCCUGAUGAGAUGAGAUCUCUUCACCUUGGCGUAUUCGUUAGAACCCCGUUUGUUAAUUACAACAAAUCCAAAGAGAUUCAUGGUAGACAUGCGACAACGGAAUAUCAUUCACGAGCUGUUGAUAGGGCGUACCACUUUAGGAUGCAUUAUUCCAAUCCUAAAGCAAGAAUUGACAACAGAAUGACAUAUUAAUGCCAGAAACUACAAAUUCAACUUAGAAGUUCUGCCUACCAUCGUUGAAGCUGUUAUUAUGUGUGGAAAGCAGUGGAUCGCCUUGCAAGGUUGUAAGCAAGAUAAAAUCAACUUUGACAGUCCUGCAACACGAAACGAGGGAAAUUUUAUUGCAUUGGUGAGGCUGCUUGCUGGCACCAAUUCUUGCUUGGAUCAGCAUCUCAGGACUGGACCUGCAAAUGCAAAGUACAUCAGUAAAAACAUUCAGAACGAAAUAUUAGAGAUUGCUGCUGACCAGAUUUGAGAUUUCUACAGAGAAUGCUUGAGGGAAUGUGCACACUUUUCAGUUGUAGCAGACGAGGUUACAUCUCAUGGGCAAGAGAUAUUGUCUGUUUGUUACGGUUCUUAGAAGUUCAAAAAGGGAACUUUGAGCUGAAGCCAAAGAAACAUGAAGUCUUGCUGGAUUUCGCCUUUCUUCAAAGGAUAACUGGGGAAUCUAUUGCACAGGGUAUCCUAUGUGUUCUUGAAAAGCAUAAGAUUGACAUCAGGAAUUGUCGAGGACAAGCGUAUGAUACAACCAGUUCAAUGAGCUCAUCCAGUGUUGGUGUGCAAGCGCAUAUCAAACGUGUGGCACCUGAUGCAGAUUAUCAAGGCUGCUGCUUGCACAGUCUGAAUCUAGUAAUAUGCAAGUCGUCACAAAUAGCGGCAAUUAGGAACAUGUUUGACAGUUGCCAGCAAGCAUACCUAUUUUUCCAUAACUCUCCCAAACGACAGAGAUUUCUGGAACACGUUAUUAGCUGUCAGUGCCCAGCUACCAAGAAGACAAAAAUCAAUGGUUUGUGCAAGACGAGAUGGGUUGAGAGGCAUACAAAUUUUGACACAAUUCUGGAACUUUACACCUAUCUUAUUGAAACCUGGGAUGAGAUAUGUUACCCAAGCAAUUGUGACAAACUUUAUCCUGAUGGAAGCAACUGGAAAUGGGAUUCAGAAACACGAACUGCUGCAAAUGGCUUGAGGUACACAUUUGUUGGAUUUGAGCACAUUGUAGUUUUUAUGCUUGUGAGGCAGCGUCUUGAACCCAUACGUCCAAUUGCAGAGUGUCUGCAAGCAAGGUUGCAGGAGUUGUACUUUGGCUUCAAGAAAGUUGACGAAGUUGUCCAAUUUUACAAAAGGAUUCGAAACGAUGUGGAUGUAGAGCAUAACCGAAUAUACGCUAAAGCCAAGAAGCUAGCCGCUGAUAUUGUAAGUGAUGAAGCAAUGCCACACAUCAUAAAGGGAAAGCAAACAAGAGCAAAUCCUACUGUGUUGUUGUCUUGUGAUUACUGGAGAGUAACACUGACAAUUCCGUUUUUGGACUCCAUCCUUUCUGAACUUGAGUCUAGAUUUGCAAGCGAUAAAAGAGCACACUUUGAACUCUAUGUUUUAGUACCAGAGGUCAUUACCAAGAAUGAAAGUUUAGAAGAAACGGUAGGAAUUUUGACAUCUAAAUGGGGACAUCUGAUGCCAACAGAGGAUAACUUUGAGAGUGAACUUAUCCGUUGGAGGCAGCACUGUCAUGGGAUUGCGGAGACCAAAUCCAUAACACAACUUUUGAGCGAGGAUGCUGAUCCGCUAUUCUUUCCAAAUGUUUGAGAACUGCUCUGCAUUCUAGCUGUUCUUCCAGUUGGUAGUGCUAAAGCAGAGAGGUCAUUUUUCUUGCCUCAGGCAAGUGCAUACCUGGCUUCAUACCACUAUGACUUGCGAUAGACUUGGCAACUUAGGUGUUUUGGCGCUUCAUGGAUUUGACAUUCUACUUAACAUAGAGAAGAUAUGCAGUACUUUUAGGAGUCAACACCCGAGAAGGAUGUGCAAUCCUUCUGUAUUGUACGAUGAUAGCAAUGCAUUGUAAGAGUAGACUUGAAAGUAUCUACUCAAUCAUGUUGUACUAAAGUGUUGACAGGACCUACUCAGCUUAUGCAUCUGCUGUACUCAACAACUGAACAAAGAACCCACAGGUAAAUGUCUAUAUAUUCAUAUUGCAUCUAACACUUUCAUUACAACAUGAUUGAGUAAAUACUUUGAUGACAUUUAUUCCUAUAUGAUUUGGUAGAUAUUUUACCAUACUUAGCAGUACAUGUACAGACAGGCAAACAGACAGACAGACAGACAGACGGACGGACGAUGGUUGAGAUGGGAAAAACUUCCUGGAAAGGCUAGUCAAGAAGUCACGUGAUGAACUCGGUCAACCUAAUGCUGCUGAGUUUCUAGACAUCUGGGGAAAGAGGUUCUCAACUUCAAAAAUGCAAUGCCAAGGUAAUAAUGAGAAAAAUCUCACCUCUCAAAAGUGACAUUGACUGUACCGUAGAUUGCUCUACCCAGUUUUCAGCCGCUAAGUUGGCUCCGGAUAGUCUGCAUUGUUCUAUUUUACGUGUUAUAUGUUUGUUUUCUAAAUGUAGUCCUAGUGAACUCUUGUAGUUGCGGACCUCUACAUAGUUACCUUGCUAGCAUUGUAUUAUAGAUGUACAUGUUUGAAAUAAAUGUUAUUUGACAGACAGACAGACAGACAGACAGACAGACAAAAUAAUUUAUUUCCAUAUAGACUCUACUUUUGCAUAUGCUAGGAAUUUGUGAAAGCAAACCAGUCCUUGCAAACAACAAAGUCAUAGAUUAACUAAUGGACUUGGCCUUGAAUGUCAAAGUCAAAUAAUCUAUCUAAAUCACCAUGAUUAGUUGAAAAUCUUGAAAGAUUUCUGAGGCCAACUUUCUGAGGACAGACAGACAGACAGACAGACAGACAGACAGACAGAGGAAACAAUAGAAUACAGUCAACUCAAACUUCCUGUAACACCGUCGUUGAGGUUUGUUCCCCUUGUCAUGGAACACUGUGGUCGUUGGGGUGAAGAAGCCAACAAAUACUUGCAGGAACUGUCACAGAGGGCAACAGACGAUUCAGGUCAGAACAACUGCAAGGAAUUUAUGUGCUUUUGGCGGAAACACUUCUCAACAACAUAGCAGCAGUGCAACGCUAACACAAUCGCCAAGAAGAUUUCCAUUUUAACUUUCACUAAUCAUAAUGGCAUUGAUGAGUUUGUAACUCAGUUUUAUGUACAUUAGAUUGAUAGGUAUAAUGGCCCUAUAGGGCCUAUUGAACUCAUUUUAAAGCUUAUCAUAGCUACUUUACCUAGCCUGUAUAGUGAUCAUGUUUGAAAUGUACUACCAUUGACAGACAGACAGACAGAUUGGGUCUACCUUUGUCUUUACCACCUUGGGCCACUAAAUGUGAAUGUGGAAAGUCACUAGAUGUUGAAGGGUACCAUUUACUAACAUGCAAAAUGGGUGGAGGCCCAGUUUGGUCUCACAAUUCUGUUGUUUUGUGCUGGUCUGAAUGCAUGAGCAGUCUACAAUGCCAGCAUCAAAUUGAACCAAAAGAUAGAUAUACAACAUCCAACAAUAGAGCAGACAUUGUUGUGUUUGACUCAACAUGUGGGGGAAAUGUCGAGCUUGAUGUGGCCCUUGCUCACCCCUGGAGCCAGGACAUUCUGCGAAGUGCAGCAACUACGGAUGGAGCUGCAGCAAGAAGAAGAGAAGACAUCAAACAUAACAAAUAUUCUCAAGAGCAGUUGCCUGGAGGGUACACUCCUACCCUUAUUCCACUAGUUUUCGAGCACUUUGGUGGGUGGGGAGAAGAAGCAUCAACGUUCCUCAAUAAACUUUCCAAAGUAUAUAGAGAUGAAGAAGGAAGAAACAAUCCCUCAGAUUUUAAAACACAUUGGAGAAGACGCUUGUCAGUACAACUUCAGCGUUGCAAUGCCUCGGUGUUGGCUAGAAAGAUGAUCAGAGUAACAUAUGGACAGAAUACUGACCAGAGUUUAGAUGUUGUUCAACUUUCAAUUCAGUAAACUAAAUUUCGGUUUGUAGGCUCCGUAGGGGAGCUUUUUAAUGCUAAUUGUUAUUUGUGUAAUUGUAAAUGUAGUUGUGACACUUGUUGUUCAUUAGCUGUUACUUUAGUUUCACCUGUAUUAGCUUUGAUGUAUAAAAAUAUAUGAAAAUUUGACAGACAAACAGACAGACAAACAGACAGACAGACAGACAUAUACUGUACUCUCAUAGAGACUCUACUUGCACAUUUGCUAGGAAUUUGUGAAAGCAAACCAGUUGUUGCAAACAACAAAGUCAUAGAUUGACUAAUGUACUUGGCCUUGAAUGUCAAAAUCAAAUAAUCUAUCUGAAUCAGACAGACAGACAGACAGACAGACACAGACAUGUAAUUAGCAUUGGUGUAAGUUAUAGUGAUGAUUUAUAAAAACAUAUGUAUUGACAAACAGACAGGCAAACAGACCGUAGACAAUAGCAAGGACAACAGAAUUUAAAGUAGGGCUUUGUGCUGGCCAUGCAGUCAAGAGAAUGAUUUUGUUGAUUCCCAGACUGACUGAUCUUGGUUCUAUAAAAGGGUGAAUUAUUAAUUAUUUGCAGUAUAAUAGAAAUCUUGGUGACUUUUCUCAGCAACAUAUAGCAGAAAUGUUGCUCAAGAAUUGGCAACCAUUUCUAGUUCCAUUGAUAGUAAUGAGAAAGUUGACUCGAUCAUACUGCACGUGCUGCCCCAUGCUACUAUUUGCCUUGUCCAAGUGACUCCCUUGAGUUGUCUACUUGUUGUCUUUGCCAGUACAGACAAUUAAGUUUUGGAAUACGGAAUCAAGUUACUAACUAGCUCAAAAGUGUACUAAAUUUUGAAUGAUCUGGAAACUUGUAAAAAGAGAAUGUUCUUUAUGAGAGUGCAGAAGCAAUGUACAGAUACAGUGGUUUAAACUUUUCACCCCAACAAACUAAAACCAAAACAAGCAAAAACAA